GAUGACACAUAAUGACAUUCUGUUCAACUUUAUGCAAUGCAGCAUGUUGGGAUGAGAUGUAGUGCGUCACAACAUGCCGUACUGCCAGGGGCGGACUGACAACUCAUGGGGCCCACGGGCAAUAGGGGAUCAUGGGGCCCCUGUGUCCUUGCCCAAACUCAAAAAAUCCUAAGAAAAAGGUACCAGGGGCAUCUCAUGAGGCCCCCUACUGACCCCGGGCCCUCAGGCAGUGCCCGACUUUCCAAAUGGUCAGUCUGCUCCUGCAUACUGCAACAA